UGAAGCAAGCCAUUAGGGUUUUUUUUUUUGGCGGCCAGAGAGACGAAUCGGAGAGAUCUAAGAGGGAGAGAGAUCGAAAAUGGUGAAGUUCCUGAAGCAGAACAAGGCCGUGAUCCUCCUUCAAGGUCGGUACGCCGGUAAGAAGGCGGUGAUCGUUCGCUCCUUCGACGACGGUAACCGCGAGAGGCCGUACGGUCACUGCCUCGUCGCCGGCAUCAAAAAGUACCCGGCGAAGGUGAUCCGCAAGGACUCAGCGAAGAAGACUGCGAAGAAAUCUAGGGUAAAGUGCUUUGUCAAGCUCGUGAACUACCAGCAUCUGAUGCCGACUCGUUACACACUCGAUGUGGAUCUGAAGGACGUUGUCUCCCUCGAGGCGCUGCAGUCCAAGGACAAGAAGGUAACUGCACUCAAGGAGGCCAAGGCCAGGCUCGAGGAGCGUUUUAAGACUGGCAAGAACAGGUGGUUCUUCACCAAGCUAAGGUUCUGAGAAAAAAAAUAUAUGGAUGUUGUGUCUUUUCUGGAGCGAAAUGAUCUUGGUUUUGUUGUUAUGUUAUCAAUUUUACAGAGUACUUUUUAGUUAUAGGGAUUCGUGGAAUUGAUGGUGAUCUCUAUUUUUUUGUUUUGGUGAAGUCAUUUCUUUGUUUGAAACCUCUUGAUGGUUUUUCUUUACUCCAAUGCACCUUGAUGUUCUUCAUA